UCUGUUUGUAUUUUAUCUGAGUUGUGAGCCGCCGGGUUUAUCGCUCGCUUAACCCCCUGAGCUUCAGCACGUCCUGCUGAUCUGCACCUUCACACUGAAACAUGGCCGAGGAUCUGAGGAGCGGAGCGCGGUGAGGAACGGCGGGUGGAGGCAUGCGAGUGGCGGCUGCGGCGGCUGGGGCGUGUCGACACUGGCAGGUCUCUGCACUGAGCGGAUGAUCCGGAGUCUCUGUAAGUCAGUGAUGUGAUGCGGCUGUCGGUUCGUCGGGGGACGGUUCUGCUGUUCUGUGUGUUUGGGUUCUACACCGCUGCCCGGGUUCUGUACCACAUGCUGGCGUGCCCGGGGGGUCUGACCCGCGCCCGCCGGCUCUCCGUCCGGAUCAGAGACGGGAAUCGGACACAGUACCAUUACAGCCAGUACUCCCCCGUAGUGUUUGUGGGGGGGGUGCCGCGCUCCGGGACCACCCUGAUGCGGGUGAUGCUGGACGCCCACCCGCUGAUCCGGUGCGGGGAGGAGACCCGGGUCAUCCCCCGGCUGCUGGCACAGCGGCACAGCUGGAGGAGGCCGGGCGAGGAGCGGCAGGGCCUGGAGGACGAGGGCGUCACUCAGGAGAUGCUGGAUGCCGCCACCGCCGCCUACCUGCUGCAGAUCAUCGCCCGGCACGGGGAGCCAGCACAGGUGCUCUGCAACAAAGACCCCUUCACCCUGAAGAGCGCCACCUACCUCUCACACCUGUUCCCCAGUGCUAAGUUUAUCCUGAUGCUGCGGGACGGCCGGGCCUCGGUUCACUCUAUGAUUUCUCGGCGGGUGACGAUCGCCGGGUUUGAUCUGUCGAGUUACCGGGACUGUCUGAGUAAGUGGAGCAGUGCUAUAGAGUCCAUGCUGUUUCAGUGCACCAUGGUCGGGUCGGGACGCUGCCUCACCGUCCGCUACGAGAACCUGGUGCUGCAGCCGAGAUCCACCAUGCAGCAGGUCCUGCGCUUCCUGGACGUGCCGUGGCACGAGGGCGUGCUGCACCACGAGUUAGCCAUCGGGAAACCGGGAGGAGUUUCACUGUCUCGAACCGAGCGCUCCACCGAUCAGGUGAUCAAACCUGUUAACCUGGAGGCGCUGACCCGCUGGGUGGGGCACAUCCCGCUGGACGUCCUGGAGGACCUGGAGAACAUCGCCCCCAUGCUGAGCAGACUGGGGUACGACCCCAGCGCCAACCCCCCCGACUACGGCCAGCCGGACCCCGAGGUCGUCAAUAACACACAGCGGGUUCUGAAAGGAGAUUUUAAACCUCCAGCACAUCUGAAGAAGAUCUCAGAGGACGAGAAAUCGAAAGUUCUGAAGAGAAAAGACUGAAAGAAGCUGAGAGUUACAGAUGCCUCCCCAUCUCACCAUGUUUACAGUUUUUCUCCAGAACAAACGAUUCUGAAAACUUGAAGCUCAGGUAUAAAGUCUUCAUAGGCAAGUUAAGUUUACAUGCCUUUUUCUACUGUGCUUGCGCAGAUCUCCACAUCCAGGGGCCUCCACUCUCAUCACAACCAGCAAGCUGAUUGGCUCUUUUUUGAAGGGCGGGACUUAAUCAGUGUUACAGAUUAGCAUUCUCUUUCACAAUCCUCAGUAAUAACAUCUCUGUUCUAUGUUCACAUUACAAACCACAUUGCUUAAAAUUAAAUUUUUUGCUCAGAUGGGAUUUGGCUAUCCUGACGGUUCACGUUCACAAAUAUAAGUGAUCUGUGUCUGUUUGCAUAGUGAACGUAUCUUUAAAAGCCAAAAGAUGCAUGAACUCCGAUUCGAUCGUUCACAUUCAUGUCACACGUCAGUGAAUCUGAUACGUAUCCGAUUUAGGACCACAUGUGAAAGUGACUUCCACACUGAUUUGAAAAAAAAAUGUAUUUGGCACGUUCACACAACCAUGACAAAAUCAGAUCUGAGCCACACUGAUCAAAAAAAUCUGUUUUAAGUCACUUCAGCCUGGUAAUGUGAACGUAGCCUCUUUUACGUAUUAACAGUAUUUAUAACAUUCAGGAAACUUUGGUGGACCAUGUAAUGAAUUAUGGCAGAAUCAUGACUAGGAUCAAAGACUGGAGACAGAAUAAUCUGUUUCUUUCCAUUUUUCAAUAAAAUAUGUUUUGUUA